ACUUACUCAAUUAGAUCAGUACAGAAGCCAAUACGCCAUGCAAAGCAUUUCUUUUUGUGUUUUUUUUGCUUUGGUUUGUGUUACCUUUUUUCUUGUUUCUGAAAAUGUAAAAGUAGCUGAUGCUGCUGAAGAUGCAAGAAAUGGUGUUUAUAUCGUUUACAUGGGAUCCGCUUCUUCUGGCUUCAGGACUGACUUCCUUCGCCUUCUUAACUCUGUCAACAGACGGAACGCAGUGGUACACACAUAUAAACAUGGGUUCACAGGAUUUGCAGCUCAUCUAUCAGAACAUGAAGCCCAAGCCAUGAGACAAAGCCCUGGAGUUGUUUCGGUUUUUCCUGAUCCAUUAUUGAAGUUACACACAACUCAUUCAUGGGAUUUCUUGGUCAGUCAGACAAGCGUCAAAAUCGACGCCAAUCCCAAAUCAGAUCCCCCAGCCUCUUCCUCUCAACCAUACGAUACCAUUAUAGGAAUCUUGGACACUGGUAUCUGGCCGGAAUCGGAGAGUUUUAAUGACAUGGGUAUGGGUCCAAUACCUUCGAGGUGGAAAGGUACCUGCAUGACAGGCGAUGACUUCACUUCCUCCAACUGUAAUAGAAAAAUCAUUGGAGCAAGAUUUUACGAAAGUUCUGAGAGUGACGGCAUACGGUACCACUCACCUCGAGACGGAGCUGGACAUGGCACCCACGUGGCAUCAACGGCGGCCGGAAGCGCCGUGGCUAAUGCAUCGUACUAUGGCCUCGCAGCCGGGACGGCCAAGGGCGGCUCCCCCGGCUCAAGGAUCGCCAUGUACAGAGUCUGCAUGGCCGACGGCUGUCGUGGGUCGUCGAUCAUGAAGGCGUUUGAUGAUUCCAUCGCCGAUGGGGUCGAUGUAUUGUCCUUAUCUCUCGGUACACCCUCCGUCUUCCGACCAGAUUUGACGGCCGACCCUAUUGCCAUCGGAGCUUUUCAUGCGGUUGAGAAGGGCAUUACAGUUGUCUGCUCCGCCGGAAACGACGGUCCCAGUUCUGGAACGGUGGUGAACGACGCGCCGUGGAUUCUAACAGUGGCUGCCUCCACCAUAGAUAGGGAUUUUGAGUCUGAUGUUGUGCUGGGCAACAAAAAAGUGAUCAAGGGCGAAGGUAUAAACUUUUCUGAUCUUCAAAAGUCUCCUGUAUACCCACUAAUAGAAGGCAAGUCAGCCAAGAAAGCGAGUGACAGUGAAGACAGUGCAAGGAUUUGUUCCGAAGAUUCCAUGGAUGAAGCUCAAGUGAAGGGAAAGAUAGUUAUUUGCGAAAACAGUGUCGAAGGAGGCGGUUCGGAUUGGCAAAGUCAGGCUGAAACAGUGAAGAAUCUUGGAGGGGUUGGGCUAGUUUUGAUUGAUGACGACUCAAAAUUAGUUGCAGAGAAGUUUUCUACUCCCAUGACAGUUAUUAGUAAAAAGGAUGGUCUUGAGAUCCUCUCCUAUGUUAACUCAAGCAGGAAACCAGUUGCUACAGUUCUCCCCACUGAGACCAUAAUAAACUAUAAGCCAGCACCUGCUAUAACAUAUUUUUCAUCCAGAGGGCCUAAUCCCGCAGUAUUAAACAUAAUCAAGCCGGACAUAUCAGCACCAGGAGUGAACAUUCUUGCAGCCUGGCUUGGCAAUGAUUCAAGCUCAACUCCACAAGCAACGAAGUCACCACUCUUCAAUGUGAUUUCAGGAACUUCAAUGUCCUGCCCCCAUGUCUCUGGCGUAGUGGCUUCUGUAAAAUCUCAAAACCCCACAUGGAGUCCCUCAGCAAUCAGAUCAGCCAUCAUGACAACAGCAAUCCAAACGAAUAACUUGGGAUCACCAAUGACUUUGGAUACGGGAUCAGUAGCCACACCUUAUGAUUAUGGGGCAGGAGAAAUAUCAACCAAUGGAGCAUUACAACCAGGACUAGUCUAUGAAACUAGUACAACAGACUACUUACUAUACCUUUGCGGCCGAGGUUAUAAUCUAACCACCAUUAAGAGCAUCACAACUACUAUUCCUGAUGGAUUUGAUUGCCCCAAGAAUUCAAAUGCAGACUACAUAUCCAACAUGAACUAUCCAACAAUAGCAGUAUCUGAAUUGAAAGGCAAGGAAAGCAAGAAAGUAAUCAGAACAGUUACAAAUGUUGGUGGCAAUGGUGAAACAGUUUACACAGUCAGUGUAGAUGCACCUCAGGAAGUAGAGGUCAAAGUGAUUCCGGAGAAAUUGAAAUUUGCGAAGAACUAUGAGAAGCAGAGUUAUCAAGUGGUUUUUACCCCAACUGUAUCCACAAUGAAGAGAGGCUUUGGUUCAAUCACUUGGACCAAUGGAAAACAUCGAGUCCGAAGUCCAUUUGUCGUCACUAGUGAGAGUAGUGAGCCAUAAGAUUACUUAUAAAACAGUGAACACAUUGCAAUCAACCAGGUCAAAAGUUUGUAAUUCUCUAGUCAUCUGUUUCAGUUUGGACUAUAAUACUUUCUGAAUAAACGAAGUUGGUGUUUUAGAUGUCCAA